UACAGAAGGGACUGGACUUGUGUCUUGUCUUGUGUUGUGUGGAAAAUGUCCGCCAUUUGUAACAGGCACAGCUGUAUAUCAUUUUUAUAGCAUCGUGGCUGCUGUUCAUAGUUAAUUAAUAUCAAGACGAUUGUUCACAAAAAAGAAAAAACAGCAAUAAAAUAACUCGCAUUAUGGUCGAAAAAGCUGAAGUGAAGCCUGAAUCCCUACUGAACCUUGAUGACUUAUUACAAUGCCCCGUUUGCUACGAGAUACCAACGGGCCAGAUUUUUCAAUGCAACGAGGGCCACCAUGUCUGUGGGCGUUGCAAGAUGCGUCUAGACGUGUGCCCUGUCUGUCGCGCACUCUUCUUUGGCACUCGGAACUAUGCCAUGGAAGAGUUAAUAUCAAACUUUAGAAAAAUGCGCAGUCUUAAACUAGGCAGUAAAGCUUCCGGUUCUGGCUCAUCAGAAAGCAGCACACCUGCUAAAGAAAAUACCUCAGUGGAGCAUGAAAACGAUGCCAAUGAUGAUGCAGAUGACAAUGAUGAAGACGAAAACAAUACUAACAUUGUAGAAAGACCGCCUGGGCCACCACAACCAUGCAGUGGCCUAUUCCGAUGCCUUUGUUGUAAGACUGGCAAAGCAGCCAGAUUACCAUCUGCCCGUUUACUCAACCAUCUUCGUUAUUUUCAUGCUCCAGAUUUACUAGAGGGUCGUUCUGAAAAUGGAGAGUACUUACAAGCUUGGCAAUUUUCAACUGUGCCUGGCAAACUUGUGACUGCAGUCAGAAUAUCUGAUAUGGGGAUAUUCUUCUUGACAAUAGAAAUAAAUUCUAACUUGGUGUGUGCAUGGCUGUCUAUGGCCGCAUCGCCGUGGGUAGCUCACGAGUUCAGUUAUACAAUUACCAUAUGUGGUAAUGAUCGUGAGGCUAUAUUUUCUGACUGUGUCUGGUCUGUCAGAUCUUGUGAAGGCGCGUUGAAGAAGCGUGGCCACUGUCUAGUCGUGCAAGGCCGGGACGCGCAAGCGCUCACCGCGCCCCCGGCUCUCAGCGGCAAGCUGUCCGUGCGCCGCACGCCGUCCGACCAGCUCACCGCGCAGUCGCAGCCGCGCGCCGUGAUGCGCAUCGCCAACAGAGUCAACCAGAACAACCACACCCCGGACAAUGACAUCGCGCCCUUCCUCCUGGAACUACAAGACGACGUGGCGAGAUUGUCUCGAGCGUUCGCCACCCUGGGCCGCGAGGCAAACGCUCUGGUGCACUCCGAGGCUCGAAUGCUGGCCCGAAUUGAAAAUUUCGAACACGCUCCGGACACUUCCUCCGGGGGCAACGCUCGCGCCUCGGAUUCAGAUGCGGAACCGACAACGGAGCGGGCUGAACCGCAGCAGGAUCGCCAAGGCUUGUCUCGCAAUGCACGGAGACGUUUGAGGCAGAGGAUGCGUGCAGCACUCGACGGGGAGGUACCAUCUCUAGCUCCUACCCAAACAAAUCAAGUUCAAGCUCCACCCGCUACUACUCAGCCUAGACAGAAUGUCCCUGUCACACAGCCGGGACAGAACGCCACCGUAACUCGGCCGAGACAGAAUGUCGCCGUAAAUCAGCCGAGACAGAACGCCACCGUAACUCAGCCGAGACAGAAUGCCCCCGUAAAUCAGCCGAGGCAGGACGUCCCCGUAACUCAGCCGAGACAGAAUGUCCCCGUAAAUCAGCCGAGACAGAACGCCCCCAUAGCUCAGCCGAGACAGAAUACUUCUGUAACGCAGCCGAGACAGAAUGCUCCUGUAACUCAGCCGAGACAGAAUACUGCCGUAACCCAGCCGAGGCAAAACACUCCUAGUACUCCAAUGAGAUCUAAUGUAAACCAGACAAGACCUAAUGCCCCGGAUACUCAACCAAGAGAGAAUGGGUUAAACGCAUUCAUCGGCCAUGCGGUUGUCAUCGAGUCACUCGCGCCGGUAGCCCCUUCACCAGUAGCGCCGUCCUCUUCAAGCGCGUCGCAGUCUCAAGCGCAACCGCAAACUGGAAACGGGAACCGUAAUAAGAAAAAACGCCGCCACCGCAGAUAAGCGGACCCUAUUAUUAAUUACUUGAGAAUAAGAAUGUUAAUGAGUGAUAUGUAAUGUUACAAUUAUGUUACAACGUGGUUAAUCUCACGACGAACGCUCUGGGAGUUUCUUCAUGUGCAUGAGAAAUGGUCUUUUCAGUUGUAAAUAUUUUAAGUUCUUGACACCGCAAUCUUUACAAGUGCUGUGAUAAAA